GUUACAGACCUUUCAAAAAUGACAGAAGACCUACAAAUUUUGACAAAAAAGUGUUGGUAUGGGCAGGACGCUUUAAAAAGGAGAAGGACAUUCCCAAGCACGUAUCGUCCGAGGUCCUCGACGCAGCAAGGAACAGCGUCAGGAUAAAGGUUUGCUACAUCAUGAUCACACUGACCUUGCUGGGCUGUUUGGCCAUGGUAAUCACAGGCAAAGAAGCUGCUAAAAGGGAUCACACACUGCUGAGGAUGAACGUAGAAAAGAAGUCCAAGUGGAGGGCUGAAGUGGAGAAAGAUCAGGAGGCAGCUGUUGGGAAGCCACAAUGA